AAAAGGGAGAGUAGUUCGGGUAUUGAAAGCCUAAAGCUAUCCAACUUUGAACAGUCUAUGGUGCCUAUAACCGAAAUCAAAGAAUUCCGAAUGUUCGUCGGAACAUGGAAUGUGAGAGGAAAGACACCGAACAUUUACCUCAACCUGGAAUAUUUCUUACAGGCAGAAGGGUCUUCAGAUAUGUAUAUUUUAGGGUUCCUUGAAAUCGUUCCAUUAAGCUCUGGAAACGUUCUUGUGAUUGAAGACAAUGAACCGGCAGUGAAAUGGCUUGGUCUAAUACACCAAGCACUUAACAAACCACAUGCUGAUUCCAUAUUUCCAGAUUUAGAAAAUGCUUCAAAAACCAAGAACUUGAAAUCACCGGGAAGUACUCUCCCUUUCUUCAAGAAGCCAUCACUGAAAGUACUAAGCAGGAGUUUGAGAGCAAAUACUACACUUCUCAAAUCUUGCAACUGCCAUGUGGAAUUGCUAUCCCACGACAAGAGAAGGCUGAGGAAGCUUAUUGAUCCUGGAAGUAAAUUGGAUUUGGAUUCUGAUGAUCAGUACGAACAAGCUCCAAAGUAUGAAAGUGUAGAUGAAUUCCUUAGGGUUGCAGAUAUACCUUCUUCACGUCCUUCAACCAGCCAGAUGAAUUACCUACUCAUAGCGAGCAAACAGAUGGUGGGCAUUUUCAUGUUACUUUGGACUCGAAAAGAGUUGGUUCCUCACAUUGCUCAUCUUAGAAUCUCUUCAAUUGGAAGAGGAAAUGGUUGCCUCGGAAACAAGGGAUGCAUAUCCAUAAGCAUGUCAUUGCACCAAACAAGCUUGUGCUUCGUUUGUAGUCACUUGGCUUCUGGAGAGAAAGAGGGUGAUGAGCUUAAGAGAAACGCAGAUGUAGCCGAGAUAUUUAAAGGCACACAAUUCCAAAAGAUUUGCAAAACACCAUGUCGUGCCCCUGAAAGAAUAGUUGAUCACGACCGUGUAAUUUGGCUUGGAGAUUUGAAUUAUCGAGGGUCUUUGAGCUAGGAAACAAGGGGCUUUUUGGAGGAGAACGACUGGGAUACUCUCUUAGAGAAAGAUGAGUUCAAUAUGGAGCGAGAAGCAGGGAGAGUAUUCAAAGGGUUUAAUGAGGGAAGGAUUUUGUUUGCGCCGACCAACAAAUACACUCAUAACUCCGACUCUUAUGCUGGCGAAAUCGUCGAAUCCAAGAAGAAACACCGAACCCCUGCGUGGUGUGAUAGGAUAUUAUGGCGCGGAAAUGGAAUUGAACAAUUAUCAUAUAUUCGUGGGGAAUCAAGAUUCUCUGAUCACAGACCAGUUUGUGGAAUAUUUUCAGUGGAUGUAGAAGUAAGGAGCAAAAACAACAGGUUUAGAAAAGGCUUUUCGUGUGCUUCGCCAAGAGUAUUGGAAUACGAUGACUGCAUACCCCAGAGACAUAGUUUAUAUGAGUUUUAA